AUGGCUUGCUUAGGCUUACUGUCGUACGGCAGUCGCAACGGCAUAAUCAGGCUUAGCGCAGGCGUGUUCCGCUUCCUCAUUCUUGCUCACAUGAACGACCAAGCGAAUGAAUCAGAAUCCUGGGCCUGCAAUGCUCUCAUUUACCUCUCUCUCCAUGCAUCUCAACACUGA